AUGCUCGAUGUGUAUGCCCUGGCCUGUGUGGUCGUGCUGUCGGCAGUGACCGCUUUGAACAACGACCUUCAUUUGCGCCUGCUGCCUGCCGGAUGGGUUCUUUGUUCAUUGACGGUGCCAUGGGUAGUCUUCUCUUGGGCCAGAUCGCCCAAGCACGAAAGGCUGGCCAAACAGCUUCGCGCCACACCCAAGGCUGCAGAGGUGGUGGCAGCUGUAACACAGACGGAAGAGGGCGAAUUGAAGCGGAUGCCUGUGGGUGCACUUGCCCGGGCGCUGACAUCGCUUGCCAGCGUCCCUGCAUCGGGGUCCCGCGAUGGCGAGGAUGCCACCGCUGCCCAGAUCCGACUGUUGGCAGCGUUGCGCGAGGUGAACAAAAACGAGGAGGAGGCUGUGGACAUCCCUGCACCAGAACUUCUGCAGUCCGCCGAGAAGGUGCUCGAUCUGGGAGGUGAUGACCCUGAUGAGACUGUGCUCGUGCAGCGCACAGCGGCCGCCCGGGUGCUUGCUGGAAAGGCGCUGAAGGGCGCUGUUUCCCAGGGCGGACUUGCGGAAGCUGGCUUCUCGUUGAAGGAUGUUCCCAGGCUCUUGGCGCUCCCAGGAGCUGCUGGGCGUGAUGUGCUCCUGGCUACAUCGUGCGUGGAGUUGCUUGCAGCUGGCAGCCUGCAGCAGCAGCGUGACGUUCUGCGCAUUGCCGCUGCCAGGAGCAGCACCAACACGGCUGCAGCAGCUGGCACAGCAAUCCUCAAAACACUUUCAGGACAAGGUGGUCCCGAAGACCACGUGGCUGCCACAGAUGCUUGCGUUGAGACGGUUCGUGAAGUGGCACAAGCUGGGGUGAGGCUACCGGCUGCUGCAGCGUUGCUCAGGCGGAUGUCUACCACGGCAAAGCCCGUGAAGCUUGCCGAAGCUUUGCUGGUCUUGGCACAGAAAGCCGGACCUGGCCAGGCUGACGACCUGCAAGCAGUCGCGGAAAUUCUUGCCAGCAAGGACUCAUUCCACGAUUUCACGCCAGAGCUGUUGCUGGAAGCAGCAUUGUUGUCGUCAAAGCACGACUUUCUCGAGCCCUUGUCGCCGGGAACUGCGGCCGCCGCUGCCAGCAUUCUGGAGAAGUUGCGUUUGGACGAUUUGGUGAAGCUGCUGCUGGCCGUUGCUCGCCGGCGCGGAGGGCUGCCUGCUGAGGUCAAAGGCACCUUGCGAGUAGCCGCUGAGACGGUUUUGAAGCCACAGCUGGGGCAACUUGGUUCUGAAGACCUGGCGGGCCUCGUUUUGGCAACGCUGGGCCAUGGCUGGACGGAGCUGCGGGAAGCAGUUGCACAAGAGUUGCUACGGCGGCUACCAGCUUUCCCUGCAAAGCAGCUCCUGGUAGUCACGCCCGUUUUCCUGCAGGAGCCGACUGGUGUCGAGCUGAUAGCGAGCUGGCCAAAGGUCCUCUCAAGGAGCACACCGCCAGCCUCCAGUCAGAAGACUUCUGCUCAGGACGCAACCGACAAGGCUGAAGGCCUGGCCCCAGAUCAGCUGGUAAAGCUAGCCAACCUCGCUGAGAAUGAGGCCGUUGCAGCUGCGCCCAAGCAAUGGAAGGCACUUUUGGAGGAUAUUUCAGCACGCAUGCUGUCACAGGUUGUCGACCUGUCCGCUGCUGGCAGGGCUAUGCUGUCGUCGCAGCUCCAGAGACAGAUCGGAUUGGGCUCUUCCUCCAACCGCGCUGCUUUGCAGAAGGCCCUGACUGCAGGUGUGCAGGAAGCCGAGCUUUGCAGACACCGGUCGGAAGCAUGCUUCGACAGCGCUUUACUUACGAUGUCACCGAUGUUUUUCGAGGUUGGGCUUGUGCCUGAAACCAGUCAGGCGGCAACUGCAAAGCCAGAAAGGCAUCUUGAACUCGACACCUGA